GGAACCUGAAGGUGAAGAAUCGGAACCUGAAGGCGAAGAAUCGGAACUUGAAGGUGAAGAAUCUGAACCUGAAGGUGAAGAAUCUGAACCUGAAGGUGAAGAGUCGGAACCUGAAGGUGAAGAAUCGGAACUUGAAGGUGAAGAAUCUGAACCUGAAGGUGAAGAGUCGGAACCUGAAGGUGAAGAAUCGGAACUUGAAGGUGAAGAAUCUGAACCUGAAGGUGAAGAGUCGGAACCUGAAGGUGAAGAAUCGGAACCUGAAGGUGAAGAAUCGGAACCUGAAGGUGAAGAAUCGGAACCUGAAGGUGAAGAAUCUGAAUCUGAAGGUGAAGAAAGUAAAGGUGGUGAUAUGUUAAACAGAUUAAUAGUAAUUAAGGAAGAUUGUAUAAAUCACGUUAGUAAAAGGGUGAUGAAGUAUUUAACUGAACUUAAAAGAGAAAAAACUCGACAAAUUUCGGUAACCAAAUCAAGUUUUACAUCAUCAAAUACCAACAAAAAUGUUGCUACACGACAACUACUCACCGACAACAAACCAUGGGGAGGUGGAGCUGGUCGCAUGACCAAUCAAAUGAUGAAAAAGCUUUCAAAUAGCUAUGCCCUUGCAAUACGAGAAGGCAGCAGGUUGUCAUCGGGUAAGAAAUGCAUUAAAUGGUGUCAACAAAUAACAAUUUUAUUUAAAAAAUUGUCUAAAUAUUUAUUUGUUUAUAUUUGUUAGGUAAAGAAAUUAGUGAUGCAUUAUGUAUCAUGCAAAGGCAUUGUUGUGCAGCAUUUUAUCACUAUUUGAAGACCACCGAUAAUAACGAAGAAGAGCAACACAAAUAUUGCCCCAAAACAAGUAAUACCUGG